AUGUGCCGCAAUAUUCUUGAACAUAUCCUCAAAGCCCCCACUGUGCGUCAAAAGAAGUGGAUGCAGGAGUGCUUGCAGAUUGAAUUAGAUGUUGUCUUGACAUGCAUUGGAAAUGCCUACACUGGAUCUCAAGUUAUUGAAUUGCCGCUCCUUCUGCGUUCGCUAUGCGACACACUGUCAACCGCCAAAACUCGUUCUCUUCCACUUGAUAUUGACACCAGCAUCGUUGAGUUACUGGCCGCGGGAACACCAAGCAAUGCGCUUGAUAGAGAUGUUGACUCUUAUUCACAUGCUUGGUGGCUGAAGAACAGCCCGCCAUCGGACGACCAGAUGCUAAACGGCGAAAAUCUCAUCAAAGUCAUGAAAUAUCACAAAGAAGAAUUGAAGAAAUGCCUGGAUAAGGAGCGUGAGGAUUUGGCCAAGGCAUCGCAAUCAACAUUGUCCACAUUGUCGGUGCCGACCGAUGUUGUUCCGACUCAAAUCAAGCCGAUCCUUAUGGUUCUCAAUGAUGCCGACUCUACCCCUUGCAACUCCUGUUCCCGAAUUUCUACGCUUGCCGACGAUUUACUCCACCAGUUCCGAGGGUUCAAAACAAUGUCGAAUGCGAACGUAGGCCAAUCAAACCGUGGUGUCGAUCGCAUUGCACGACGUGCUGCAGGUUUCUUCAAGCUGUACGAAGCAUCCCAAGGAUUAGCAUCAGUAAAAAAACCCGACACUAUGCCCGACACACCAGCAUCAAAGUGGACUUGGGGUCCAGAGCCUACUGUAAAACAGGUCCGUGCUCUUGGUGUAGCCACCAAAACUGUCCAUUCGGGAUACGUCAAAAGCCUUAGAGAUGGCGGGGACUUAGGUAAACAAUCAUCCACCAAAACAUCGUUCCUAGACACUGUACCCCCUCCGUCUCAACCUCUAUCAUCCCGCGAGGACAGAAAGGCUCCGCCGUCAAACCAAUUUGACUUUCCUCAAUACUUCGACGUUGGGACGGAAGGAUCCCAGGAUAGCGCUGGAGAAAUGGCCACUUUUGAAGUAGGCAAAAUCAAUGCCGACGCCAAACCUGCCGACCCCGGAAGCGACCUUGAAGAUAUUCUUGACGCUGCAAUUGAGCUUAUGGAUGCGGAAGAUGCACAAGAGGCUGCCGCGGGGAAUAGAUCCGACCCCAAUUCGGACAGCAGCAGCAUUGAAGAUCUCAAUCUGGCAUUAGAGCUCUAUGCCAAUGAAUUGCAAGAAACUGACAAGGACGAUUCAACUGACCUCGCCAGUGAAGCCGCUGCACUCUUUACCAAUUCUGAGGAUGAAUCCGACUCCGACCAUGCAAUGGAUAUUGAUCAGCAAGAGUCGGACGCACCUCCCCAAUUCACAUCGGAGCACUUUGCGGGUAACUUAGAGCUAGAGCUUUUUGACUGA